AUGAAUACUACUACUACUACUACUACUAUUACUACUAGUACUACCACUACUACUACUACUACUAAUCCCUUUAUAUGGAAUCAAUUAAUGCAUUAUAUUACAAAUCAUCAUCAACAACAAAUAAUCAAUAAUGAUCCUAUAGAUACCAAUAUACAUGAUCCAUCUAUUAAUUCAAUUAAAGGAAUUAUAUCUAAAGAUUCAUCAUCCUCAUCCUCAUCAUUCAUUGAUUAUGAUUAUAGUAAUAAUAAAGAACAAAUGAAUACAGCAACUAUGAUGACAAUGAUUAUGAAUUCAGAAUGGAUAAUGUCAAUGUCUAAUAGAAAACAAAAUACUGGGAAUAAUAAUCAUAAUCAUAAUAAUAAUAAUGAUAAUCAAUUAUUAACUUCACCACUAGUAUCAUUACCAAUCACAACGAAUACAACAUCAUCAUCAUCAUUAUCACCAACGACUUCAGUUUAUCAUCAUGAUCAUCAUGAUCAUGAUCAGCAGUAUUAUCAUCAAACAUCUUCAUCUACUUCAUCCCUUUCUCCUCUUUCAUCACUUCAUCAUCAACAUCAUCAUCAUCAUCGUCAUCAUCAACAUCAACAUCAUCAUAGUCAUUUACAUGUUAAACGUCCAAUGAAUGCAUUUAUGGUAUGGUCACGUGGUCAACGACGUAAAAUGGCUCAAUCUAAUCCUAAAAUGCAUAAUUCUGAAAUAAGUAAACGUUUAGGUAUUGAAUGGAAAUUAUUAACAGAUUAUGAAAAACGUCCAUUUAUUGAUGAAGCUAAACGUUUAAGAGUAAAUCAUAUGAAAACUUAUCCAGAUUAUAAAUAUAGACCAAGAAGAAAACCGAAACAUUCAAGAAAACAAGAAAAAUUUACACAACAACAACAACAACAACAACAUUCACUACCACCACCACUACCACCACCACCUGUUCAAGGUAAGUAA